UCGGUCCCUCCCGACUCCUCCCUCGCUCGGUGCAGAAAGAUCGGUCGACCGCCAGCCAAUGGCCGGGAAGAGCGAGAGGAGGAAGCGGAACGGAGCUGCCCCUUUCUCGGAGAUCGUCUGAAAGGUGCCUGGAAGAAGACGAAGCUACCAGGAUGGGGGUAACCCAGUCCCUGAGCUUGCCGCACGGGAAAGGCGCCUACCCGGUCGGUUGCACCGACGUGAUGGUGGGCCAGACCCUGAAGGGCCUCUUCUUCCGCCUGUUCUACCCCUGUGUUCCUCGGGAUGAGGCCGAGCAGCCCUCCUGGAUUCCUCGCUACGAAUAUUAUUCCGGACUAGCUGACUACAUGAGCUUGAAUAGGAAAUGGUUUGCACCACUUCUUAGCGUCACGUUUGGAUCGUGUAGGAUCCCCGUGAGCUGGGAUGCGCCUUUUAGAGCCAGUUCCCACAAAUAUCCAUUGAUCGUAUUCUCCCAUGGGCUAGGAGCCUUUCGAACCGUAUACUCCGCCAUCUGUGUUGAGAUGGCUUCUCGAGGGUUUUUGGUGAUGGCCCUUGAGCACAGAGACCGAUCGGCUUCUGCUACUUAUUUUUGCAAGCUGGAUCCGGAAGCCCCGGAUUUCCCUGAGGCUCAGAUGCAUGAAGAAUGGCUCACAUACCGGGGGGUCCCAAAAGACCAGAAGGAGUUUCGUUUCCGAAACCCGCAGCUCCAUCAAAGAGCCAACGAGUGCAUACAGGGACUCAAGCUGAUCCGAAGCAUCAACAGCGGCAAGGCCGUCGUGAACCUCCUGCGCACUGAUUUUGACCUCUCUGCCCUGAAGGACAACGUGGACCUGACCAAAGCAGUUGUCAUGGGCCACUCUUUCGGAGGAGCAACGUCUGUGUUAGCCCUUGUUAAAGAAGCUCAGUUUAAGUGUGCUGUUGCCCUUGACGCGUGGAUGUUCCCCUUGGAGAAUUCGGUCUUCCCAAAAGUGACCAAGCCAGUUCUUUUUAUCAACACAGAGUCGUUUCAGACUGCAGAAAGCGUGGCCAAAAUGAAAAAAAUCACCACCACCAGCAGGGAAAGCAAGAUCAUAACAAUCCUGGGUACUGUCCACCAGAGUCAGACGGAUUUCACCUUCUUUGCAGGGAAUCUUGUCAACAGGGUCUUCAGGACAAGAGGUACCAUCGAUCCCUAUGAAGGCCUGAACAUCACCAACCAGGCUGCUCUUGCUUUCUUACAAAAACAUCUCCAACUCAAAGAAGAUUUUGACCAGUGGGAUAAUCUUCUGGAAGGCGUUGGUGACUCCGUGGUUCUGGAUAGUCCCCUGGCAAAGUCUAGCCUCUAGGCAAGAAAUCCCACCCCCCAAAUUGUUUUGGGGCAUCUUCUGGAUUAGUUCCCCCCCCUUCCUUUGAAGGGAUAGAAAGCACCCUUGAUACAAAAUGGCUCUCCAGAUGCUGGACAUUCUGCAGAAUUGCUCUUCAUGAUGAUGGAUAUUUUGCCAAGAUCUCCUGCUGUGAAGGCUCCUUUUCUUUAGGAAGCACCUGCUGCCUAGAAACGUUUUGAGUUUCCUUAAAUAUGCCUCUCAUUCCACCAGGAUCACAGCAAGGCCUUAAGAAAGGGCUGAGUUUAAUUGUGAGUGAAGGAACCAAAAUAAGUUGGGGGGGCGGGAUGUACGUUUGUGUGCAAUCCUUAGGGAAUUUCCUUGCACUUUAAAGUAAAAUAUAGCAGGAAAACAACAUAGAUACUUACUGUAGAUUCUAGGCAGCAGCUAUCUUGAUAGCAUCCUUUUUCCAACUUGCAUUCCAGCAACCAGAGAAGGAAGGACUAUCAUGGUCUAAAGCUGUUAUUUACAAUUAUGAAGCUGGGUUGUGAAGAUAGUUCCUUUCCAACUACCUUGCAGGGUAGGAAGAAGGAAUAUACAAUCCUGGCAUGAUGUUGUGAGAGAAAAUCUCUAUAGAAUGUACGUGAAGCAAGAGCUUAAACAUUUGGAUGUCUGAGUGUCAAAGCUUUAAUCUGUCUUCUGAUAAGUACAAGUUUUCUGAUAGACCAGGUUUGCUACGGCAGGCAUUUUGUGAAUCACAAGCCUUCAUGCUAGUGGCCAGAAGAGAAAGACCUCUGGUGCUAAGGAACUUUGUGCUUGCACUUUCCAGGGCAAAGUCUCUGGGGCAAAUUGUCAUGGUUGCCAGAAUUCUAUCAUUGAACUGGAAAUAGGGCACAUCAUUCAUAAUCCUUCUGAGUCUAUUGAAAAAUGUCUGCACUGUGGUUCCCCUACCACUGGAGCACAAACAUAGCACCUCUCUGCAGUUUUUUAAAACAGCCGUGUCUUUUCACGAGAUUCUGCCUAUCGUGGGUUUUGAAGACCCUUUUUGGAACUGAAUCCAUAGCACUGUAAA